AAAGGGUUUGGGAAUGGUGAUAAUUGGAAGUGGAUGAAAAGAGAAUUGUAUCUAUCGGGAGGCAGCAUUGGUUGUUGUAGUUUUUGACGAUUACAACAACUAGUAGUUUGGCGGUGACAGACAGACAAGACAACCAUGACCGACCACUCCGACGACCUCGACCAACUUCUCGACAGUGCUUUGGAUGAUUUUCAGACCCUCAACCUAAAUUCUUCCCUUCCAAGAACCGGUGAACAAACUGGGAACAAAAAGGAGUCACCUUCUUUACCCUCAGGGGUUCAAGGAUUGGGAUUAGGUUUACCUGAUUUGAAAAGCAAGAAAAAGGGGAAACAGAAGGUUUCCAAGGAUGCUCAUGUCUCCGAAGCUCUCAACAAGCUCAGGGAGCAAACUAAAGAGGCUGUUAAAGGCCUUGAAUUCAUUAACCCACCCGGUGCCGGUGCUGGUGUUGAUGAUUUAGGUAAAGAUGGGAUGAUGGAAGAUUGGGUUAAACAGUUUGAAGAGCUUGCUGGCUCUCAGGACAUGGAAUCUAUUGUGGAGACCAUGAUGCAACAACUUCUGUCCAAGGAGAUACUUGCUGAACCAAUGAAGGAAAUAGGGGAAAGGUAUCCUAAGUGGUUGGAAGAGCAUAAAGCCAACUUAAGCAAAGAAGAAUAUGACCGGUAUUCACACCAAUAUGAACUUAUACGGAACCUUAAUGAAGUAUAUGAAAAAGAUUCUGGAAACUUCAACAAGAUUGUUGAGCUCAUGCAGAAAAUGCAAGAAUGUGGACAACCUCCAAAUGAUAUUGUUCAAGAGCUUGCUCCCGAUUUCGAUUUAGCCAGCCUUGGCCAGUUAUCUCCAGAAAUGCUUGACGGUUCUCAGCCAAAUUGUUGUAUAAUGUGAAAUUGUUUCCUCCCUCUUUAUUAUGUGGCAGCUGCUGCUUUGCAGAUUCUCAGGAAUAUUUAUUUUUCACUUGUCAGAAUAAUAUAGUUUUAUUGGUUACAAUUGUUCUUUUCCUGCUUACUAUAAGGUUACAGGAUCUCACACUUUUUAUAGCCUCCUUCAAGAUUGUAUAUGAUCCAAGGAUUCGUCUUUUCACAUUUUAUGAUACCAAUGAUAGUACGACGAACUGCUAAUUGCAAACAAAA